AUGCCCACCCACCAGCCAGACGCCGGGCACCAACAGGCUCCCUCUCCCCAAGGCCCAGCCCCUUAUCAGGAAAGGAUUUGGGUUGGUGGGGAGGGGGAAGUCCGAGGCUGCUGGCUCGGCAAGGUGGGUAGGAGAGAUAGGGAAGUGGGGAGGGGGCCACGGGGGUCCUGCUGGGAGGGCCAGAGGCCGGAAGGGAUGCCCAGAGCCAGCGUGGGGGCGUGGGGUUUGCCAAGCGCUGUCCUUGCUCCCGGCCCUGCGACAUGGUUCCAGGGCUGCUUCUGCCUUCCAUCCUUGCCGGCACAUUUAAUUAGCAAGCAGCAGCCUCUCCCUGAUUCAUCACAGUCACUGUUUAAUUAG